CAACAGACUGCUUCGGCACUCUUCUUACGCUUCUAAAGAACUACCGUCUUUGUUACAAAUUUUUUUUCUGAACAGAAAUGAAUAACUACGUUUUUGGACAGACAUUGCUUUUGAAAAUUUUGAAUUUAUGUGUUCGACCACGCGGAGAAAAACUUCACCUAUGUUCUCGAACAAGGUGUCCUAGAGUAGUAAUAUAUCACAAGAAUGAGAUGAGAGUAAGAGUAACAACAACUACACAGGAAAACGAAUGAAAGAGGUAAUAUGUAUUUCCCGAGAGAAGCGCUGGAAACGAGAACGAGGAGAAGGAGAAAUGAAACUCUCAUCAUUCGAAUGAAUGUCAAUCGUCUCUCAACAUCGGACAAAAAUACUGAUCGUGAUCAGGGAGAGGGAGAAGAGGCGUAUUUGCAGCAGAACUGUAGGUCGGAAGAGGAUCUCGGAGGAGAGAGACGUCGUGCAUUUUACUUUACGAGAUUCUCACCUCCAAACCCGCCUCCCAACUUCCCUGUAGUUUCAUCUUCCUCUUCGUCUACUUCUAUGGACCAGUUCUUAUACCUCCAGUCUAGAAAUAAGUACAACAACUAGGUUCGUCUCCGUAUAAUAAUACGAUAUGGAUGUAGUUGAUCGAAAUUAAGAAUUUCUAUCAAUCUCCAAUUUUUUUGUGAAUUUAAUUAAAUACAAGCCUUCAUCUAGUAGUACAUUUUCAACUUCUCCAAAUAUACGAAAACAAGUUAUCUACUAUUAGAAAAACGGAAAGUGCUCUAGUUCAACUCGUCUUCUAAACACUUGUACUUUGUAGAAGUUGUUGUUCACGACCACACAAAGAAAAUGACGCUCGGCAAGAGCGCGUCGACAGGGGCGCUGAGUCAAGACCCGAAGCUCAACAAGCUAAAGCAGAAAUAUGCCAACGCAGGGUCCGGAUACUUCAAAAAUAGUGCGGUAAUUUCUUUUUGCAGCAUUUUUCCAAUUCUGCUCUUGCUUCAACACAUCUGAUAUAUUCUACUUUGGAUCGAAUAUAUUAAGCAUUCCUCUUCGACAUAUAUUAAGCAUAUAUUAAGCAUCUAAUCCAUUCGACUACUUCGGAUAUAAUAUUAUACUAUUAUGUCCCACUUCCACCUCCACACCACAGGUCGGCUCUUCUCGAGGGUUCUUCCAAACAGCAGGCAUAAUUCUAGCCAGACCUUACAAGACUGGUGCCGUUCCAUCUAAGCCAAAAAACAUGAGUCCAGGCCAGAGCGAGUACUCCACUCAAUUCGGACCAAAAAGGUAGUAAGACUUACUCAAGUUGUUGUUGAUCGAUGUUAAGUGUUGAUAGAGAACAUCUACUUCUGAGCAAAACUCAUCACACGGCUGCUACGCUGACGUUUCUCCGUACUUCUUCAGGUACUGCUACUCAUCAAUGGACAACAAGCCACUUGAACCGUAUGACCCUAUGGCCUACCGAUCACGAAACGCUCAGGCGGAUUUGAAGUUGCGGUAUUGUGUUUUUACACGUUGUUCGCUGUUUCCCUGUGGUCACUAACUCUUUCUGGAUAUCCCCUUCUUUCUUCUACACCUCUAGACUGGGUACUAGACUGGGUAGUACACUACUGCUACUACUACUACUCCUACUAUUUUUACCCUCAGCAGCACUCUUUCUGGAUUUCAUCACCACGACUAAGGAAUAUUCAAUGAUAAUAUAUCUACAGGUCUAUUUGUUCAUCUUGAUUCACAAACAGAAACAAGCUUUUCGUUUUCAGUUCUACGAUAUUCACUCCAAAUUUUCAAAUUAAACACCUUGUUCUCCUUCAUUCUUACUGCUACAUGUACUAUUAGUAAGUUUACUAAUAGUAAUAAGCGAAGAGACAUUAAAUUAUUAAGUUAGUCUAACUCCCACCCAAAAAGAACAUCGAAAACAACAGCAAAAACAAUUCGUCUGCUGUGAGUUUCGACCAAGGUCUCUUCGUCGACAAGAAGAGACAGUUCUACACGACCAAUAGCCAGUACCUCACAGGGGAUCCAGUCACAGUGGUCAGCAACCCAGGUAUCCUAGCUGACCAGUACAAGAUUCGAAGAGAACAAAGGGCUAAGUAGAAUUAAGGGUAGGUUAAAGGUGCUUUUCUUACCGCUUUUUAUGCCUCUCCUAAGGGAGAAAGGUAUAAAAAGCGGGGUAAGCAAGCACCAAAAACCUACCUCUAAUAGAAAGAAACUGUCGUGGUUCUGGUUCUCCUAGUACUUUUGAGUCUCUGUGGGACAACAACUAUAGAAUAUCGUAGAGGUCGUUUGCUUAGUAGUAGUGACAGCAGUAGGAGGACUAGGAGUAGUGCUCGAUGAGGAUGAAGAACUUUUAAGGAAAUCAUGUACUACAUCAGAAGAUGAUCAAGAUGAAAAGAAUAUCUUAAUCUUCUACUACUUAAAAACUUGUUGAGUCCUCAACGUGGAUUACGUGAGUGCUACCACUUCUACGACGUGAACACCUUCUAGAACUAGUGUUUUGAAAUCAGUUUUGAUCAUUCUGCUUAACUCUAGUGUUUAGAAUUCAGUUUUGAUCAUUCUGCUACGUUAAUUAUUAUACAUCAUCUAUCUAUCACUAUCAGUUACAUCACAAUUAUCUUCUUUGCUAUCAGUUACAAUUAUCUUUGCGACACUGUCAAGAACAAUACGACUAAUCAAGUAUCUGAAUCAGAGUUUUCUGCUCGUUACAUCAAUCGUUAGAAUCUAUCAUUUUUCGUCGAUUACAAACUACGCCGCUUAUCAAUGUUGUACUGUUGUUCAUCGGUAAAAGAUGAACGAGCAGGUAAAGACCUUUAUAGUUAGGAGAACAAGUAGUGACUUAGAAGUUAGUACAAGCAACACAAUAGAACUAGUGAUGCCUGCUCACGGAACAUCACUGAACAUCAAAAAAAAUGAUCAUAGCAAUAAUGGUAGACCUUCGAUAGUAGAGAUUUAUUUCGAAGGUUCUAGUUGUGCAUCUUCAUUCUAGCUUCAAUUAAGUAGCUUGUCAUCACGUAAGUUUCCUCGACAAGGACAAAUAGCAUCAUUUGUCAAAUAGUAGCAGCACAUGAUUGAACCUUCAAACUCUAUUAUAAGUAACCAAAACGAUCUAGUUAGUACUACAUGUCUUUGUAGUCUUACCUUUGUACCUGUAUAGUAAAGAUAGAGACUGCUCAUUUCCGCGAACAAGAACUACAAGAACAAUGUAAAUCUUGCUCCACAGUACACGAUCAUUGAUGAUGAUCAGAUCAUGUAAAUUAACGCUAAAGAUGAACAUAAGACAACUACAUCAGUCUAGUGAUAGUAGACUUCAUCAGUUAGUUGUCUUACUAUCAACAUGGUUUCGCCAUCCUCUUCCUCACUUAACACAACAUAAUUCAGACCGAGGACAAGAGAACACCUAAAGAAGAAAAUUAAAGCUCGCAUCCACUACGAAUACGCAAAGAUCAUGAACGAUUCACUUAGAUGUUGUGGCCCCCAGCCACCUGCAUGACCUCGUAGACCUCAUACAUUCUUCAAAAUUUUAUAGAUUGAUUACGAUCAAAAUCGAGUACUUGCACUGGUGCUGUGUUGUCAAACGGAACAA